AGGGAGGGACCAAGGGAGAGAGCAGAGAAGCCUCCCGGCCCACUUCGCCGACUAAGCAGAAGAAAGAUCAAAAAAAACGGAAAAGAGGAGAAGAGCAGACAGGCACUUUCAGGAACAAUCCCGUCACCUCCAAGCGGACCGCGCUCUGGGAAUCCAAGUGCAGCGCCUUCCGGAGACAAAGGCGCCCGCGGGAGCGGCGUGGACCCCAGGGCGCGGGCUCCGCCGGGAGCCGCACGGCCGGGCUCCCCGACUCUCGGACCAUGUCUUCCGCCCCCCGCGGCCCCCGCAGCCUCCUGCUCCCCCUGCUCACGCUCUGCACCGCGCUCGCCUCCCUCGGCUCGGCCCAGAACAGCGGCUUCAGCCCCGAAGCCUGGCUGCAGCAAUAUGGCUACCUGCCCCCCGGGGACCUACGUACCCAUACACAGCGCUCGCCUCAGUCCCUCUCAGCUGCCAUCGCUGCCAUGCAGAAGUUCUACGGGCUGCGGGUGACAGGCAAGGCUGAUGCAGACACCAUGCAGGCCAUGAAGCGCGCCCGCUGUGGUGUUCCAGACAAGUUUGGGGCUGAGAUCAAAGCCAAUGUUCGAAGGAAGCGCUAUGCCAUCCAGGGCCUUAAGUGGCAGCAUAACGAGAUCACUUUCUGCAUCCAGAAUUACACCCCCAAGGUGGGCGAGUAUGCCACAUUUGAGGCAAUUCGCAAGGCAUUCCGCGUGUGGGAGAGUGCCACACCACUGCGUUUCCGAGAAGUACCCUAUGCCUACAUCCGAGAGGGCCAUGAGAAGCAGGCCGACAUCAUGAUCUUGUUUGCUGAGGGUUUCCAUGGUGACAGCACGCCCUUUGAUGGUGAGGGCGGCUUCCUGGCCCACGCCUACUUCCCAGGCCCCAACAUUGGAGGGGACACCCACUUUGACUCUGCUGAGCCCUGGACUGUCCGGAAUGAGGAUCUGAAUGGGAAUGACAUCUUCCUGGUGGCUGUACAUGAGCUGGGCCAUGCCCUGGGCCUGGAGCAUUCCAAUGACCCUUCGGCCAUCAUGGCACCCUUUUACCAGUGGAUGGACACAGAGAACUUUGUGUUGCCUGAUGAUGACCGCCGGGGCAUCCAGCAACUUUAUGGGAGUGAAUCAGGGCUACCCACUAAGAUGCCCCCUCAACCCAGGACUACCUUCCGGCCUUCUGUCCCUGAUAAGCCCAAAAACCCCACCUAUGGACCCAACAUCUGUGAUGGGAACUUUGACACUGUGGCCAUGCUCCGAGGGGAGAUGUUUGUUUUCAAGGAGCGCUGGUUCUGGCGAGUGAGGAAUAACCAAGUGAUGGAUGGCUACCCGAUGCCCAUUGGCCAGUUCUGGAGGGGCCUGCCUGCAUCCAUCAACACUGCCUAUGAGAGGAAGGAUGGCAAAUUUGUCUUCUUCAAAGGAGAUAAGCACUGGGUGUUUGAUGAGGCUUCUCUGGAACCGGGCUACCCCAAGCACAUCAAGGAGCUGGGCCGAGGGCUGCCUACUGACAGGAUCGAUGCCGCUCUCUUUUGGAUGCCCAAUGGAAAGACCUACUUCUUCCGGGGAAACAAGUACUACCGUUUCAAUGAGGAGUUCAGGGCAGUGGACAGCGAGUACCCCAAAAACAUCAAAGUCUGGGAAGGGAUCCCUGACUCUCCCAGAGGGUCAUUCAUGGGCAGUGAUGAAGUCUUCACUUACUUCUACAAGGGUAAUAAAUACUGGAAGUUCAACAACCAGAAGCUGAAGGUGGAGCCAGGCUACCCCAAGUCGGCGCUGCGGGACUGGAUGGGCUGCCCGUCAGGGGGCCGGCCGGACGAGGGCACAGAGGGCACUGAGGAGGAGACGGAGGUGAUCAUCAUUGAAGUGGAGGAGGAGGGCGGCGCCGCUGUGAAUGUGGCCGCCGUGGUGCUGCCAGUGUUGCUGCUGCUCCUGGUGCUGGCUGUGGGCCUCGCAGUCUUCUUCUUCAGGCGCCAUGGGACCCCUAAGCGACUGCUGUACUGCCAGCGUUCCCUGCUGGACAAGGUCUGACCCCCACCGCCCGCCCACCCACUCCUACCACGAAGACUUUGCCUGUGAAGGCGUGGCAGCAGGUGGGGGCGGGUGGGCUGCUCCUACCGGUCCUGAGCCCCCCCCCUCCUGCCUCCUGGCUGGCCCUGCCCAGCCUCGCCCACCCUCGCCCCGCUGUGGCUUCCUCCCUACCUGGGGACCCUGAGGGCCUCUGGCACUCAGGGAAGCCCCAUUGCUUGUGUGUCCAGCCCCAACUGAAUGUCGCAGGGGCUCUGCACUUGAAGGCUGGACCCUCACUGGUCCGGGUCAAACGGGGUCAUCUGCUCCCUCUCUGUUCCCUGAUUUUCCUUAAACCUCUGAACUCUGACCUCAGGAGGCUCUGGGCGCUGCAGCCCUGCAAGCCCCAAAUGCGCCCAGUUAGCAGCCUCCCACCGCUCUUUGGCCAAAUCUAAUCUUGGUGGCAGAGACCCUGAGGGAAAUGAGGACCAAGGACUGCUCCACCACGUUAAGACCUAGGAGGAAAACCUGGGAGGGUCUGGGUGGCCUGAGCACCCACUUUCCUCUCUAUAACGACCUGUCGCUGCCCACCCAGCCCUGGAGAACAUGCAGAGCAGGAGCCUGAGCCUGUGAAGACUAAGCACAGGCCUAGAAACCUGGCAGCCCCAGCCCCUCCGCUGAGUCACCUCAGUGGGGGCCUGCAAGGUGGGGAGAGCCAAGGGGAUGGGGAUGGGCCCAAGGGGAUGUGCCCAGGCUGAGUGGGCCAAGUGGAGGACCAGGGCUGGGGCCACUGAGGAGUCUUGCCAUAAUGGUUGGGGCCUGAGGCAGAGCAUCAGAGGGGAUGGGAAGGAGGGGUGUCAGCGGUGGGGGGCUGAGCACAGGGUGGCUGAGGUACCCAGGGGAGACACACUGGCUCCUCUCUGUUCCCUUUCUUGCUGACUAGAUGGCAUAGUGGGUGGACAGGAAGCCCGCAAAUGAGCCACUAGGCACAUGUGCAGGGGCUGGGACUCAGGGCCUUGCUGAGAGGCUACCUACUCGUGGGACUAGGGAGAGUUCAGGGGUCUGCAGUCUGCCCUGCCACACCCAGUGGCACUUAAUGGGAUCAGCACCUCUUGUCCCUGCCACCACACUCCUCAGCCCACCUUACCCGUGUCCUGCCCUCCCCUCCCCCACCCAGCCCACCCACUGAAGUCUCCUUCGGCCACCAUAGGUGGUCAUGGUACUGGGGACUUGGGAGAAUGAGACCUGUGUUGGAGGAGAGGAGAAGGGUGUUGGGGUGGGGUGUGGGACAGGGGAAUGGGGUGAACGGUGCUGGAAGUUCGGCUAAAUUUCUGUCUUGUUUGUUUUUUUGUUUUGUUUAAUGUAUAUUUUUAUUAUAAUUAUUAUAUAUGAACUCCAUUCAAGUCGUUCCUUUUCGUUAAGGGGCAUGGGAGGGGUGGGGGAGGGAGGCAGAGGCAUCUGACCCCAGGAACCUGCAGGGCGGGGCUGGGUCAGUGCCCUCUAAGGACAUUUUUGACUAUGUUCAACCUUUCCACAAAGAAUAAACUGUGUUUCACAUUU